AUGGGAAACAUCGACAUCUCCGACGACACACUUGCAAAGGUGGCAGGCAACGUCGUUUUGAUAACCGGCGGAUCUUCUGGAAUCGGCAGAGCCACGGCCCAACUAUGCCUCGACCUAGGUGCAGCAGUUGUUAUCGGGGAUUUGACGCCUCCCAACCCAGAGCUUACUGUUCGAGACGCCGAAAAGCUCAAAUUCAUCGAGGUUAAUGUCACCGAGUGGACAAGCAUCCGCUCGAUGUUCGAACAAGCGAACAAAUGGUUCGGCCGCAUCGACUCUGUAUUCGCAUGCGCGGGGGUUUCUCCUACAACCGACUUUCUCGAUAUCACCUUGGACGAAUCUGGACAACUGGCCCCGCCCAAUCUCCGAACCAUGGAUAUCAACCUCCUAGGACCAAUAUAUACCACUAGAUUGGCAGCCGCAUAUAUGAGUGAACUAGCGAGUCAACGUCCUCAGGGAUCAGGUGGAAGUAUUGUGCUCGCGGCCUCUGCGAGCUCGUUCCAGAAUUUCUCUGCGGGGGACUAUACCGUUACAAAACACGGGGUCUUGGGGAUGAUCCGGGGUAUGGGCUCGAAGCUUGAAGCAAAAGGUAUCCGAUUAAAUGCAAUUGCGCCGUCGUGGACAGCGACCGGGAUCGUUCCUGCGGAGUUAAUUCAGUCCUUGGGUGCCACUGUUCAGAGCCCCGAGGCCGUAGCUCGGAGCGUCGUGUUGCUGUUUGCCGACCCGGCCCGGAAUAGCGAGGUGAUAUACAGUUGGGAAGGGAAGUUUAGAGAAGUCAAUAAGGGUGAGGGUGGGCUGUUGGCCAGUGCAAAUGCGAUCCUGGAUAAUGCGGACAACGAAGAGCGCGUGAUGUUGAAGCUCAGAGAGGCUCAGCAUUAG